AUGCCUCCCAAGACUCACCAGGGGACCCGUCAGGUCUACUUCCUACCCCUCACCGAUGCCGGUGCGCCAGAUGUGCCUCAUGAGUACAUCUACCUGCCUGCGCCUACCGACCCUGCCUACUAUUUGAGGUUCGCCAUCGAAGGAACAAGUUCAAUAUGCCGGCAGGGAAGCCUCUGGGUGAACAUCCCUGAACCGGGCCAGGCGUUUGAUCGAAACCACUUUCGGGAGUACAAACUCCAUCCUGACUUCAAUCGGACUCUCGAAAUAGACAUUCCCAUCACUUGUGCCGGAGCCUUCUCCUUCUAUACCACCUACACACCUCUGCCCAAAUUCUCGCUCGCCGAUGUCGAGACCCCUCGGCCUACCCGGACACAAACCUACUAUGUCGACAUCGAACCCAAAUUGUCGCUGGCUGGUUCAAGCCUGCCGUUGGACGCUUUGGGCAUCUUCUCUGUGGUGUCCAAAUUCAUGGGCAAAUAUCCGGAAGAUUGGGACCGGCACUUCAAGGGUAUCAGCGCAAGAGGAUACAACAUGGUCCACUUCACCCCGUUGCAACAGAGGGGCGAGUCGAAUUCACCUUACAGCUUGUAUGACCAGCUGGCAUUCGACUCGGAGCUCUUCCCGGGCGGGGAAAAGGACGUUGCCAAAAUGGUGAAGUCAAUGGAAGAAGAGCACGAGCUGUUGGGUUUGACUGAUGUCGUCUUCAAUCACACGGCCAAUAACAGCCAAUGGCUCGAGGAGCAUCCUGAAGCCGGCUACAACGUGGUGACUGCGCCAUGGCUGCAGUCAGCGCUUGAGAUGGACGAUGCUCUACUUGAGUAUAGCGCCCAGCUCGAGUCACUUGGCCUGCCAACAACCUUCAACAAUAUCAAUGACCUGGAUAGGGCAGUUGAGGGGAUCAAGGAACAUGUGAUCAACAAAAUUCGCCUGUGGGAGUAUUUUGUUUGCGACGUCAAAUCUGAUACGAAGGCUAUUCUUGAAGCCUGGAAGAAGGGCAGCACCAAGCUGCCAUCGGGUGGCUUCGAAGAUGCCGUUGGCGGCGGACUUGAUUCGGUGAAGUCGUGGUCGCUUUACCAAAAGGCAAAUUUCCUCAAAACCAAAGGGUUGCUCCAUGGGUUGCGUAUCGACGGUCGCUUUUCCCGAAAGGUCGACCCUGAGAUUGCCUCGGCAAUGCUGACAGUCCUCUAUGGGCGGUACGAUGAUGGCGCUGAUAUUCAUGCCGUCGAGGACGCCACAAAAUCAAUCUUGAACGAGCUCAACCUCCCCUUUUACCGGGAAUAUGAUGCAGACGUCGAGGCCAUCCUUUCUCAGGUCAAAGGCAGAUUAGAGUACACGAGAUUGGAUCCUAAUGGCCCGCUGCUUGGUCCGGUCACCAAGGAGCACCCUCUGAUCGAAACUUACUUUGCUCGGUUGCCACUGAAUGAGACAACCAAAAAGCAUGACCCUAGGUCGUUAUCCCUUGCGGUGAACGGUUGGAUCUGGGCUGCAGAUGCCAUGAAAGACAACGCUGGUCCGGACUGGCGACCUUAUCUCAGGAGAGAACUCAUUCCAUGGAGCGACUGUGUCAAGUUGCGCUAUGGCAGUGGACCGGAGGAUAAUCCGUACUUGUGGGAGCACAUGACACAAUACGUGCGGCUCAUGGCAAAAUACUUCACUGCGUUUCGCAUCGACAAUUGCCACUCUACGCCAAUACAUGUUGCGGAGUAUCUUCUCGAUGAAGCGAGAAAGGUCCAACCGAAUCUUGCUGUGUUUGCGGAAUUGUUCACCGGCAAUGAAGAGACGGAUUACGUCUUCGUGAAGCGGUUGGGUCUGAGCGCUCUGAUCCGAGAGGCUAUGCAAGCGUGGAGCACACAAGAACUGAGCAGGAUUGUACACCGACACUGUGGUCGACCCAUUGGCAGCUUCGAGAUCAAUGUGCCGCAACGAUCAAAGACUGAAGCCAACUCCACGGUUAACGGAAAUGGUCCGAGAACCAAGGAAGUUGUGAAGCAUAUUAGAGAAUCCCCAGUCCAUGCUCUCUUUAUGGACUGCACUCAUGACAACGAGAUGCCGGCUCAAAAACGAGAUGCCCGAGAUACCCUUCCCACAGCUGCCUUGGUGAACAUGUGUGCUUGUGCUACAGGCAGUGUGAUGGGCUUCGAUGAGAUCUACCCAAAGCUUGUUGAGAUCGUCCACGAACACCGAAAGUACACGUCACCGAGCUCUGAUGGUACCGUUCCCACCGGUGCUGGUGAAGGAGGGAUUGCUGGGGUGAAGAAGCUGCUCAAUCAGAUCCACACUAUGAUGGGCAAAGAUGGAUACGAUGAGACAUUCCUUCACCACGAGGGUGAGCUGAUUACUCUGCACCGAGUGCACCCGGACUCCCGCAAAGGAUAUUUUCUCAUCGCGCACACGGCGUUCCCAGGUUGUGGUAAUGGAAAUGGUGGCUUGAGUCCUGUGCACUUGGCAGGAACAAAAGCACGUCAACUCGGAGCUUGGGUACUUGAGGUGGACCAGAGCAGGGAAGCAAAGAAAGCCGCAUUGGCUGACAAAGACAACCUGGUCGGGUUACCAUCCCGGGUAAGGAACAUCAAAGGUGCAACUAUCACAUCCGACAAUGGUGACACUACUAUCACCAUUGCCGAUUUCUUCCCACCUGGGUCGAUUGCUCUUUUCGAGACUUGGGUUCCCUCUGCAGAACAUUCUCUUGGUCUUGGAGCUUUCAUAGCCAGUGGGACUGAGACAGCCUUCGGAGCGCUUGACCUGAUCGACCUGAACUCGGUCCUCUACCGGUGCGAGUCCGAGGAGCGCGAUUCGAGCAUGGGUCAAGACGGAGUCUACCACAUACCAGGCUACGGUCCGCUGGUAUACGCAGGGCUUCAAGGCUGGUGGAGUGUUCUCGAAGGUAUUGUCAGACGGAACGACCUUGGUCACGCGUUGUGCAACCACCUUCGCGCUGGGCAGUGGGCGCUGGAUUUCAUCGUUGGCCGUUUGGAAACAAUCUCGAAGCGUGAGGGUUAUUCCCGCCUAGAGGAGCCCGCAAAGUGGUUCAAAGAACGGUUCGAUGCUGUGCGCAUCAUUCCAAGCUUCCUCUUACCGCGUUACUUUGCUUUGAUUGUCCAAGUUGGUUACAACGCUGCUUUCAAGAGAUCAAUGGACCUGAUGAGCUCAAACAUCAGACAAGGCCAAGAUUUCCUUCAGAGUCUCGCCGUGGUGAGCACACAAAUGGAGGGAUAUGUCAAGACUGCAUCCCUAUGGCCGAAUAAGAGUGUCCCUUCCCUAGCGGCCGGACUGCCGCACUUCUCGGUGGAAUGGGCCAGGUGUUGGGGCCGGGAUGUCUUCAUCUCAUUGCGUGGACUGUUUCUGUGCACGGGGCGAUUUGAAGAAGCUAAGGAGCACAUCAGAGCCUUUGGAAGCGUGCUGAAGCAUGGAUUGAUCCCGAACUUGCUGAGCAGUGGCGCUGCUCCACGAUAUAACUCGAGGGACUCCCCUUGGUUUUUCCUCCAGAACAUCCAGGACUACACCAAGAUCGUGCCGGAUGGGCUAUCGCUUCUACAAGAGAAGGUGCCUCGCCGAUUCCUUCCGUACGAUGAUACUUGGUUUCCGUACGAUGACCCGCGCGCGUAUUCGACGGAAUCAACAGUGGAAGAAAUCAUCCAAGAAGUUCUGCAGCGUCAUGCAUCUGGAUUGUCCUUCCGGGAACAUAAUGCUGGACCUGAACUGGACAUGCAGAUGAAACCUGAAGGAUUCCAGAUAGAUGUCCACGUGGACUGGGAGACCGGUAUCAUCUUUGGAGGGAACCAAUUCAACUGUGGAACAUGGAUGGACAAAAUGGGCGAGAGCGAACGUGCCGGCAGCAAAGGUGUUCCUGGUACUCCCCGCGAUGGUGCGGCGGUCGAAAUCACUGGGCUCUGCUACAGUGCCUUGAGAUGGGUAUCUGAACUUUACAAGCAAGGAAAGUACCAGUAUUCAGGCGUGAAAACCGACCAAGGCGACAAUAUUUCCUUUGCGGACUGGGCCGAUCGCAUCCAAGCCAAUUUUGAGAAAUGCUACUGGGUUCCUGCGGAUCCCAAAGAUGAUAUCCAGCACGAUGUCGUUUCGAAGCUCGUCAACCGACGAGGGAUAUACAAGGACCUGUAUCGGUCUGGAAAACCGUACGAAGACUAUCAACUUCGACCCAACUUUCCUAUCGCCAUGACAGUGGCUCCGGACUUGUUCACACCUGAAAAUGCGCUAUUGGCACUGAAAAUGGCCGACGAUGUGUUGCGUGGACCUACAGGGAUGGCGACACUUGACCCCUCGGACUUGAACUACCGACCCUACUACAACAAUUCGGAAGAUUCGACCGAUUUUGCGACAUCCAAAGGCAGAAAUUACCAUCAAGGUCCAGAAUGGCUGUGGCCUACCGGAUUCUUCUUGCGAGCACUGCUCAAGUUUGAUCUCAUGCGCCGUGCUACGCCAGCGGCUCGUUUGGAAUCAUAUCAACAGGUGACGCAGCGCCUGGUCGGGUGUAAACAAGCGAUCAAGGAUAGCCCGUGGAAAGGGUUGACAGAGUUGACCAACAAAGACGGGACAUUCUGUGCUGAUUCGUCACCCACACAGGCAUGGUCUGCGGGCUGUUUGAUUGACCUGUUCCACGACGCCAUGUCAUUGGCAAAGGAGAUGGAGGAAACCGAAGUGAACGGGGCUUGA